ACCUCAAAUAUCAACUUGAGACCGUGGUUCGUGUGAUUAACAGCAAAGAAAAUAGAUUGUUGAUUUAUUACGAAAUUUGACGUGGUCGUGACUAAAUCAUCAUGUCUUUAAUCCGUUGUAUUCGAUUGUUAAGUGGAAAAAAUGGCACCAGUCUGAAUGUAUUCAAGCAUUCAUGUAUUUACUAUUCAAGCGAUAAAAAACCAUCGGACAAUGAUAUCAAACAGAAUAAGGAAGACAACAAAACUAAUGGUAAUGAAAAACAAUCACUUCCUCCAAAGACUCAAAGUCGAUUGAAUGAUCUGUUGAAGAGGCUAUCAUCGCGGUCAUCGCUGAAUAUUUUCAAAGAAGUGCAAUUAUCAAAACCACUGGGAUAUAAGCAAUUACGACAAAACAAAGAAGUCGAUGGGCAACCACCGAGACAACCACCAAAACCCAGAAAUAUGCAUGCUGCAAUAAAAGCUGUUUCAACUGAAUUCGGAGAUAAAAGUGUUGAAACUGAAAUUCUAUCACGACUAAGCGACAAAGAUGACGCUUUGAGUGAUAUUAUUUCAACAAUGAAACCAGCGAAAGAUUAUAAACCCAGAGUUGGUACUUUUAAAGAAAAUGUACCGGUGAUAUCUGCCGAUUACUAUGGCCAAUCAAGACGUCGAACGCCUAUAACACGAAAUGAAAACUACAAAGAAAAUCAAAAUAUAGAAUUGACCAACUCCAAACAAAACCCAUUUAAUGGUGUACCAAUUGGAAUUUUCACGGUUCCCGAAAACCUUAAAACAAGUGAAGACUCGCUGAAAACAUGGCAGAAACUGGAACAAUAUGAUUUGCACGCAGCAAUGUCAACAGCACCACGGAAUUACUUUGAAAAAAUGGCCUAUUGGACAGAGGAGGGGAAAAUUUGGCAUUUCCCAAUUGAUAACGAACAAGGUUUAGAUGAAGAACAUCAAACAUCAUUCACAGAGCAUGUAUUCUUGGAAGAACAUCUUGAACCAUGGUGUCCAAAGAAAGGAGCUCUUCGAAAUUUUAUGGAACUUGUUUGCAUUGGAUUGUCAAAAAAUCCAUAUUACACUGUACAGCAAAAGCGUGAACAUAUUGAAUGGUAUCGUAAUUACUUCCAUGAAAAACAACACAUUUUACAAAGAGUGAUUGAGGCUAAUAACCAAUCCCAAUCGGUUACCGCUCAAGUUAUUGAUGGCACAAAAAGCACAUAAUUUAUCCGUAUAAUAUAUAUUCGUACAUUAAAUUAUGCGUUUCGAAUAUAAAUAAAAUUGAUUAUUUUAAAUGGA